UGCCUGGCUCGUCCGAAUUCGGUGGCGCCACGUCCGUCGGUCUCCGCCUCCUGCACGGCGGCUGCGCUCCUACUUUCCCUGGCCGAGCCGGUCGAAGAGCGCGGGGUGGGCACGGGAGGACGCGCGGCGCUGCGCAGCCGGCCACCUGACGGGUGACCAUGUCGGACAUCGGGGACUGGUUCAGGAGCAUCCCGGCCAUCACGCGCUACUGGUUUGCUGCCACCGUCGCGGUCCCAUUGAUCGGCAAACUCGGUAUUAUCAGCCCGGCCUACUUCUUCCUCUGGCCCGAAGCCUUCCUCUAUCGCUUCCAGAUAUGGAGGCCAUUCACUGCCACCUUUUAUUUCCCCGUGGGUCCAGGAACUGGAUUUCUUUAUUUGGUCAAUUUAUAUUUCUUAUAUCAGUAUUCUACACGACUUGAAGCAGGAGCUUUUGAUGGGAGGCCAGCAGACUAUUUGUUCAUGCUUCUCUUUAACUGGAUUUGCAUCGUGAUUACUGGCUUAGCAAUGGAUAUGCAGUUGCUGAUGAUUCCUCUGAUCAUGUCGGUCCUUUAUGUCUGGGCCCAGCUAAACAGAGACCUGAUCGUAUCAUUUUGGUUUGGAACACGAUUUAAGGCCUGCUACUUACCUUGGGUUAUCCUCGGAUUCAACUAUAUUAUUGGAGGCUCGGUGAUCAAUGAGCUCAUUGGAAACCUCGUUGGACAUCUUUAUUUCUUCCUGAUGUUCAGAUAUCCAAUGGACUUGGGAGGAAGGAAUUUUCUGUCCACGCCUCAGUUUUUGUACCGCUGGCUACCCAGCAGGAGAGGAGGGGUGUCAGGGUUUGGUGUGCCCCCUGCCAGCAUGAGGAGAGCUGCUGAUCAGAAUGGCGGAGGUGGGAGACACAACUGGGGCCAGGGCUUCCGACUCGGAGACCAGUGAGGAGCCUGCCCACCAGCCAUGCUAAGCAGAUGACAGUUUCCUCCCAGUACUGGGCACGCUUAAUGGCCAAGUUCUUGCUGCCGCUCUUGGACCUGACCCAUGCUGAAUGUAGUCUUUUGGUACAAGACGACAUUUUUAAAUCCUGAAGGAAAAUACAAGUGUUCCUCAAGUUUCAUGAUUUUCAUUCAAGUCCUUACUGCUCUGAAGAACAAAUAUCAGCUGUGCAGAUUUCAAAACUGACUCAUUUUCUGGUGUCUUCUCUUCUUCCCUUUCCAUCGGAAUAACGGGCGGGGCAAGUGGGGUUGGUUAGCCAAGCCCUGCCAAAGGACCCCUUCCUCUUUCUCACACACACGUCCCCAGAGUUGCAACUUGAGUUGGUCCACAAAAUGGUUUUGCCUUUGACAAACUCUUAUUUAUUGACUUUGCCAAAGCUUGGUCACAAAGAGCUUGUUCACACAUCGCUCUCAGCUGUUGCUGGCAGGACUGUGAGAGUAGGGAGAAGAUUGGAGCAGCGGCCGAAGAGUUUUCUCAGUGGUGGGGACUCUGUCGGCCAGACAGCAGCGCGGCCAUUAGCUGCCUCCACAGAUAUUUUUCUAUGAAAAGCACCACUGAGUCAGUGAGGCCCCGUCUGGGGAUAAUGAGGUUAGGAGUUGUUGCUAGGCACUUCUGUCCCCCAAGCCAAGUGAUCAAAACCAUAGUGGAGCUGCUUCUAACACAGAGAAUGGGUUCAACACGAUCUCUUUGUGUUUCUUCCAUGGGUGCACUGUGCUGGCUUUGUGUACCCAGAGCCGUUGUGCUGUGCUGUGCUGUGUUAGGAGGUUCCAGAUCACAUUGGUCGUACAUGUCCCUGGAGGCAGGCUUCAGGGCUGUGUUUCCGUUUUAUCCUCACUAUGGAUGUGUGUUCAUUGAGUCAGCAGAGGAGAAAGCGUCAGACUCUUUAGAUUUUUCUUUCAUUGUUUUUGUCCCUUAAGUUUUUGGUCAGGUGUUUUGGUUACUGGUGAGGGAAGUAUGGCUCUUCGGAUGUAUAUCAGUCAGUCAGUUUUUAAGGCUAAUAGCACACCUGAGUAAGUGACACAUAACUAGAGGUUCCAGUAGCUUUAGAAUUAUUUGUCUUUAUUAUCUUGGGUCAUGCAUGUAUACAUUUUGUGAAUCAGACCUACUCCCUUUUUAUAGGUGGGCUUUUGCCAGCUGAGCUUGGUUCAUCACUAAAUAAAAUUUUCUGAAGGCUACCGUGCUUUAUAUAGUUAAUUUAUGCUUUUAUUCUGAAACCAGACUGCUGGGAACAGUGUGGUGUGGCCGCUAUACUUUGAAUAUUGUCCAAAGGUUUCCAUUACUUUGGUUGGUUCCUUGCAGGAAAUGUGCCCUAACAGUAUGUCUUGUCUUUAUCUGCUCAUUAAAGCUGUGAUAUGUGUUGUAUUAGGAAGUGGGAGUUUGAAAGUUUGUGUACCUCUCCAUAUUUAAUAUAUAUGAUAAAACAAUUGGGUGGAGAGAGGCUGAGCCGAAAUGCCCUGAUUCUCCUGCUGUCCUGAGGCUUCAUAAAAUGUGUUUGUAAAUUUCCACAUUCUCCCAAUGGCAUUGCACAGGCUCUCCCUGUGCAAGGUAGAGGCUCGAACUCAGAAAGGACUGGACCAGUGAGCGAGCAGGGGAUUGUUCUACUCUCUUACCAGGCUGGCUCCUGAGAGCACUCUCUUUUCUAAGGGUCUGCAAGUAUGUACAACUUUUCUGUUCAAGGUAAAAUGUUCAUUAAAUUCUUUCUCCUGAACAUGGUUCGGAGGCUGAUCAUUUUAUUAUCUUGCCUGGAUUACCAGUCCUUCCGGGAUAGUUGUACCAAAGUGAGCUGUUUUAGUUUUGACUUCACAAGGUAAGACAUCACAGUGGGUUCUCUUUAUGAAUGUGAAAAAAACCCUUAUUUUGUACAGACAGCUUUCCUUUUUGUAACUAAUCCCUUUUACUGGUAAAUAUUGUAAAUUAAACUGUGCAACUUGAA